GUUUUCUAUGUGCAAGUUCACAUCGCUCUUGGAACAAUUAAAAAUAUAAUUUACAAGAAGACUUCUUGGUUGGUGUUCUAGGCUAUUAUACAUAUAUACAAAUUAGUUCUUCUUUGUUAAUCCUAUUUUAAAUCAAAAUGGAUAUUAAAAGUGAUCUGGAUUUGAGUGGUAAACUAAUCAUCAAAGUUCAGUUAGGAGAUGAUAUUAGAAGAAUUCCUAUUCACAAUGAAGCAAUCACAUACGACGAACUAGUGUUGAUGAUGCAAAGAGUAUUUAGAGGAAAGCUUUCAUCAAAUGACGAAAUUACAUUGAAGUACAAAGAUGAGGAUGGUGACCUAAUUACUAUAUUUGAUAGUUCUGACUUGUCCUUUGCUAUACAAAGUAGUCGUAUUUUAAAAUUACAAAUAUUAUUGGGUUCAAAUCUUAAAUCUGAUCCAUCAACAAUCUCAGUUGGUGAUGUCAGAAAACUGAAGUCACAACUAAGAUCACUUAGAGAUGAAGUAAACAAAAUGUUGGACACUCUGGAUGGAAAUGCUGGAGAUAAUAUAAAUAAGACAGAAACUAAGGAUGAUCCUAUUACAACAGAUGACAACCCAUCAAAUACAGUACUUAAUAAAGUAAAUUCCAGUGAGUUUGAUCCACUGCAAGAUAAAAACCAGCACAAGAAUGGUACUGAAGAACACAAGGAACCUCCAAAACCAGCUUCAACACCACAACAACAACAACCAACCAGUGAGCCAAAUAGUCGACCACAAUCAGUUGCUAUGGCAGGACCUGGAAGUCACCCACCCCAAACUGUGGCAUCAACAAAUCACAGUAAUCAUGUGGAUUAUUUCAACAGAACAACAAUGGGUGGCAACUACCCUCAAAUGCAGUAUGGAACACCAUAUCCAUCUCAAUUUAAUUAUCCAUCUGGGUAUGUAAUGGACAGUAGUCAGGUACCGUCUUCCACGGCUUACACAACUAACCCGGGAACUGCAGGAACACAAGGCAGCCACCCAUAUCCCACACAGCAGCAGCAACAAUAUUCUCAUCCUCCUGGUGGAGUGGUGUAUCCGCCUCAGGGUCAGGGUAAUCCAUACUCCAAGGGAUUUACGCAACCGUCGCCUCAGCAUGGAUACAUGCCACCUCGUCAAUAAGUGAACAACUUGACUGAUCACUAUUAUUUAAUUGCACUUUUUGCUGAUUUUAUUCUUUUUAUUGAACUUUAUUGUAUUAAUUGUAUUUUAUUCUUAAUUUUUCUUAAUAAUUGCUAAUAGUUUGUGUUUUACGUAUUUUAUUAUAUAUAUUGUGUAUAAUAACUUUAGCAAUAAAUAUUUUAAUAUCGUAA